AUGAAGCGAGGCACAAAGUGUAUCGCGCAGACCAUCAACUUGUCCAAUCCGGAGACCUGCAUACGACCCAGGAGAGUCCAGAGGCUAGUGGACGCGGAAGGGCUGCAGCAGCCUUGUCCCAGCGCCGGACCAUCCUCCUAUUGGGCACCUAGACCCGUGCCGGUGAAAGUUUGCUCGCGAAGAGACAUGCAGAGGACUUGCCCUCCGAAGCUCUGCGACUGUCCCCCGAAAGCGCCGCCGAAAAGCCUCGGUCAGAAGUUCUGCGAAGCAGUGCUGUUCGUCUUGAAGAGCGGCGUCGCGGCUGGCCUCGUUUAUUGGACCAAUUCCGAGGGAUUGUGGGGAUCCAGCGACGACGUGCAGGACCUAUAUCAGCGGAUACUGGCCACCGUCGCGCCGUCCACCCUCGCCGGGCACGACUACGACGAUCCCGAGUCGACUCGCGCGGAACUCUUUAAGCAGAACCUGGCCCGGAGUUACAAUGACGCGGUGUACGGGACGAUGAAGUGUAUCGCGGGCGCCUCGUCCACGGUGCAGCAGCGGAUUCAAAGGGUUCUGACCAAACGACGGGAGAAUCUCGAGGAGGCGUCGUCGAACAUGUCCGCGGACGAUGACGAUGAGAGCUAG